CCUAUCAGACAUAAAAGUGCACUACUGAGGAUGUUUUAAAAUUGUGCACUAUUCAGUGCGCCUUUAUAGUGACUAGUAAGCUAUUUGGAAUGCAGCCUCGGUUCCUGUUUCUCAGGCCUCCCUCCCUAGUUGCUGAGCUCCGUGCAGCGCCCCCUGGUGGUGAUCGCUCUGUUGCCAAACGUCUGCGCUGCACAGCCAUGGAUGUAAUCUAGCUAGUGACAAAGAUGCUGCAAAGUUUCUCCUCUUCGUCUUGCCCGAUCCAUUGAAAAGACACGAAUGCGUGCUAUGACAUCGGAAGCAGAGCACAGCUGGAUGCAGUAGAAGUCUCAGCCAUGUACUCGGAAUGGAGGUCUUUGCACCUGGUGGUGCAGAGCGAUCAGGGUCACGUCAGCGUCCUGCACUCGUACCCGGCCACUGUGGGCCGUGACGUUGCCAAUGCGGUGGUGCGCCCACUGGGUGCCACCCUGGGAGCUCCUGCCUCCGAGUGUCUCCUCAAGACAGAUAAAGAGGUGAAAUGGACUAUGGAGGUAAUAUGUUACGGUCUGACUCUUCCAUCGGAUGGAGAUACAGUCAAGCUGUGCGUGGAUGUCUACACGGACUGGAUCAUGGCACUGGUGUCACCACGAGACUCCAUACCCCAACCCAUCAUCAAAGAGCCCAACCUUUAUGUCCAAACUAUCCUCAAACAUCUUUACAACCUCUUCCUGCCAAGGCCUGAGCACUUCAGCCUGAUGCACUUCAAGCUGUGUCAGCAGGUGCUGUCUGCAGUGCAGAAACUCGCCCGUGACUCCGCCUGUAUGGCCAGAGAGACGUGGGAGGUGCUGCUUCUCUUCCUGCUUCGUAUCAAUGACACGCUGCUCGCCCCACCCACUGUAGGAGGUGGCAUAGCUGAGAAGCUGGCUGAGAAAUUGAUCAGUGUACUGUUUGAAGUUUGGUUCCUGGCCUGCACACGCUGCUUCCCAACACCACCAUACUGGAAGACAGCAAGAGAGAUGUUAGCAAAUUGGAGACACCACCCCCCUGUGGUGGAGCAGUGGAGCAAAGUCAUUGCUGCUCUCACCUCCAGACUGCUGAGGUUCACAUAUGGACCAUCCUUCCCUCCUUUUAAAGUGCCAGAGGAGGAUGCCAAUCUCAUACCUACGGAAAUGGACAACGACUGUGUAGCCCAGACUUGGUAUCGCUUCCUACACAUGCUUAGUAAUCCAGUGGAUUUGAGUAACCCUGUGAUUGUGAGCUCCACUCCCAAGUUCCAGGAGCAGCUGCUAGGUGUGAGCAGUGUGCCUCAGGAGGUGAUCCAGCACCCCUGUCUCAAACAGCUGCCUCAGAUCUUCUUUAGAGCCAUGAGGGGCAUCAGCUGCCUGGUGGAUGCUUUCCUAGGUGUGGCAGUUUUUAAGAAAAACACCAGUCAUGAAACUCUGCCCUCUUAUGGACCAACACAGUCUAGGAGAUAUAUUCGAGACAGACUUCCCUCUCUAGGUAUAUCCAGACCCCGCUCAGACAGCGCGCCACCCACCCCUGUUAAUCGUCUAAGCAUGCCACCACCCCCGACCACCACCAACACCACACCCCCUCACAGCCGCAGACACAGACCAACAACAGUAAAUAAAACCACCAGCAAAGCCUCUGCGACUGGCCAGUCCAAAGUGUUGCACCAGCCGUCCUCCACCUCUCCUCUGUCCAGUCCCAAUCAGACAAGCUCAGAGCCGCGACCGCUGCCAGCUCCCACCAGACCAAAAGUCAACAGCGUGCUGAACCUUUUUGGCCAGUGGCUGUUCGAUGCUGCACUCGUCCACUGCAAACUUCACUCCGGCCUCAGCAGAGAAAGCAGUGUGACUGCCCUUGCUACUCAGGCUGGAGUUGAAUUAAGGAGAAAAGGUUCUCAGAUGUCCACCGACACCAUGGUGUCGAACCCUAUGUUUGAUGCCAAUGAGUUUCCGGAUAAUUAUGAGUCUGGUCGAGCCGAGGCCUGCGGAACACUGUGCAGAAUCUUCUGCAGCAAAAAAACUGGAGAGGAAAUUCUACCUGUCUACCUAUCCAGGUUCUACAUGGUCCUCAUCCAAGGCCUUCAAAUUUCUGACUUCAUCUGUAGGCCAGUUCUGGCCAGUAUUAUCUUGAACUCCUCAGCUCUGUUCUGCUCUGAUCUGAAAGGGAUCAACGUAGUGGUUCCGUACUUUAUAUCUGCACUGGAAAUUAUUUUACCUGACCGCGAAUUGACCAAAUUUAAAUCCUAUGUCAACCCCACUGAACUGAGACGAGCUUCCAUUAACAUACUGCUAUCCAUGCUGCCCCUGCCUCACCAUUUUGGCAACGUUAAAUCGGAGGUUCUUUUGGAAGGGAAAUUCAGCAACGAUGACGGUUCGAUUCAUGACAAGCCGGUGUCCUUCCUUUCACUGAAGCUGCGAUUGGUCAAUAUCUUGAUCGGUGCCCUGCAAACAGAGACCGAUCCACUCAAUACACAGAUGAUACUAGCUGCAAUGCUGAAUAUUGUUCAAGACUCUGCACUUUUGGAGUCUAUAGGAGCCCAAACCGAAGUGGGAAGCGUGGACAGCAGUCAUUCUUUGGCUAAGAGCCACAGUCGCAAUAAUAGUGGCAUCAGUAAUUCAAGUGCCGGCAGCUCUGAGGCCACUACUCCAGACAGCGAGAGACCUGCCCAGGCCCUUCUGCGAGACUAUGCUCUCCACACAGACACGGCAGCCGGCCUGCUGAUCCGAAGCAUCCACCUGGUCACUCAGAGACUCAACUCACAGUGGAGGCCUGACAUGAGCAUCUCACUUGCUGCCCUGGAGCUGCUUGCCGGCCUCGCGAAGGUGAAGGCAAGUGUGGAGUCUUCGGACCGGAAACGAGCCGUGAGUUCAGUUUGUAGUUACAUUGUGUACCAGUGCAGUCGACCUGCUCCACACCACUCCAGAGACCUGCACUCCAUGAUUGUCGCUGCCUUCCAGUGCCUCUGCGUGUGGCUCACAGAGCAUCCUGACAUGCUCAAUGAAAAGGAUUGCUUGAUAGAAGUGUUGGAGAUUGUUGAACUUGGCAUCUCGGGUAGCAAGUCCAAGACAGGAGAACAGGAAGUGAGGUAUAAGGGCGACAAAGAACAUAAUCCUGCCUCCAUGAGGGUGAAGGACGCAGCCGAAGCCACAUUGUCAUGUAUAAUGCAGGUGUUGGGGGCAUUCCCAUCUCCAAGUGGCCCUUCCUCCACCUGCAGUCUGCUGAAUGAGGAGACGCUGAUUAAAUACUCUCGGCUGAUGUCCACGUCUCACAGUAACUUCAGAUACUUUGUCCUUGACAAUUCGGUCAUACUGGCCAUGCUGGAGCAGUCCCUCGGCAAUGAACAGAACCCCUGUCCAUCUGUCACAAUGCUGGUUCGAGGCAUGUGUGGUCGCCAUGCCUGGACAAUGCAACUGUUCCACCAGCCUCGAGGAGCCAGGGCCAAUCAGAAGCAGGUUUUUGUUCCAGAGGGUCGGCCAACCCCCAAAAAUGACGUCGGGAUUCGGUUUAGUGUCAAACACAGGCCGUUCCCAGAAGAGGUGGACAAGAUUCCGUUUGUCAAAGCUGAUCUGAGCAUUCCAGACCUUCAUGAUAUAGUAGAUAAGGAGCUGGAACAGCAGCACGAUAAGCUGCGUGGUGUGAUGGUAAAGCAGAUGGAAUAUGAGACCAGUCUGGAGCACUACACGGAGGACCUGUGGAGGAAUAAACCCUUCCCUGACCCGCUUACUGAUUGCAGACCUCCCCCUCCAGCUCAGGAGUUCCAGACCGCUCGCCUCUUUCUCUCACAUUUCGGCUUCCUGUCACUAGAGGCGCUCAAGGAGCCAAGUAAUAGUCGUUUGCCUCCUCACCUCAUCGCUCUGGACUCGGCUACAUCAGGCUUCUUUGAUGACAUUGGCUAUCUGGACUUGUUGCCGUGCCGACCGUGUGACACAGUAUUCAUCUUCUAUAUGAGGGCAGGCCAGAAGAGUAGCCAAGAGAUCCUGAGGAAUGUGGAGUCCUCAGCAAGCGUGCAGCCACAUUUUCUGGAGCUGCUGUUGUCUCUUGGCUGGCCAGUCGAAGUAGGGCAACACCCAGGCUGGACUGGGAGUGUGUAUACCAGUUGGACUAUCAACACAUCCAAUGGCACAGACACACCAGAUGAGUUUGUAGCUGUGGGAGAGACGGGAGGAGGAAUUUUUAACGGUGAAAAGAGGGUGCUCUACUACGCUGAUGCUCUCACAGAAAUCGCCUUUGUGGUGCCCUCACUCAGUGACUCCUCAGCAGAGUCACCUGAGAACAGUUUUCCCACAGCGGACUCUGAUUCCCAGAUGGAGCUGAUGCCCAGCCUACUGAAACAACCCAACCUCACACUGGAGCUCUUUCCCAACCACUCUGACAACAUGGGACCUUCACAACGGUCUCCCACAGCGAAGAGUAAGAAGCUGCCAUCAGGAAGGAAUAUACCGCCUCUGGGUCCAGAGACUAAGGUGCUGGUGGUCUGGGUAGAGCGCUAUGAUGACAUUGAAAACUUUCCUGUGUCUGAGUUGCUGGCCGAGACUAGCACAGGAGUGGAAAGUGCAGUCAACAGCAGUGCUUCCAGGCCCAGCUCAUCCGAGAAAGACGUACCAGUCAUAUUCAUCCACCCACUGAAGACUGGCCUGUUCCGCAUCAAGCUGCACGGAGCCAUGGGAAAGUUCAGCAUGGUCAUUCCCCUUGUGGACAACAUGGUGGUCAGCAGGAGAUCACUGGGUUUCCUAGUGAGACAGACGGUGAUAAACGCAUGUCGGAGAAAGAGACUGGACAGCGACUCGUACAGCCCUCCGCAUGUGAGGCGAAAACAGAAAAUUGCUGAAAUUGUUAACCGUUACCGGAACAAACAGCUGGAGCCUGAGUUCUACACGUCACUGUUUCAGGAGGUUGGAGAGACAAGCCUAAACCCCUAAACACACACACACACACACACGCAUACAGCACAAAGCUCUUUUUUUUCCAUGGUGGAGAGUUGCUGUUUUUUUUUUUUAAUUGCCUAAUGGCCAUAGUCUUUCAGCUGUCAAAAGCUAUGUUCAUUGCCCAUGUGACAGCUUGCUAGCUGGUCCAAACGCUGACGCCUGAAAGGAUGCUCUUCCGUUUUCUCAUUACUGUAUUUCACGCGUUUUUAUUUUUUACGUCAUGUGAGAGCGGAAAAGAAGAAGCAUAGAUGCAAAAACAUUUACUCCAAUAUAUUAUUCAUAAUAAACACUAAAGUGAGUGUCAGCAGUGGAGUAUGGAGGGUGACCGUGGCUUUUCAUCUCCAGACACAUUCACACGUACACACUAGUGCCAGUCUGUGUUGAUGCAUAACACUUCUCUUUUCUUUUCAAACUCAGGUGGUUUUACCAUUUUUCAAAUGCAUUGACAUGGUCAUGGUCAUGCACUCCAACAUGCUGACCUCAGCUUCAUUCAUAUUCUCUCUCUCUCUCUCUCUCUCUCUCUCUCUC